AUGAGUAUAGUACAUGAUUUCGAACAUUUUCCUACUGUGACAAAAGUUCCAUUUAUUAUUGGUGUCGCUGGUGGAACAGCAUCCGGAAAGUCGUCAGUAUGUUCUCGAAUAAUGGAAAAACUAGGAAAGGCUCAUGAACGGCGAGUAGUGACCAUAUCACAAGAUUCAUUUUAUCGCAGUUUAUCAGAUGAGGAGAUCAGAAAGGCAAAUCGCGGGGAAUUUAAUUUCGAUCAUCCAGAUGCCAUUGAAUUUACCCUUAUGAUAUCAAUUCUUCACAAAAUGAAGAAAGGUGAAAGUGUCAUCGUUCCAAAAUAUGACUUUUGCACGAAUUCGAGGUCGAAGGAUUCUGAUGUGAUUGAGUCAGCAGAUGUUAUAAUUGUUGAAGGAAUAUUGAUUCUCUAUGACCAAGAACUGCGAAAUCUUUUUGAUAUGAAACUGUUUGUUGAUGCUGACUCCGAUGAUCGUUUAGCUCGACGUGUCCAAAGAGAUACACAGGAAAGGGGACGCUCGCUCUCCCAAGUUCUCCAUCAGUACCUGAAUCUUGUGAAACCAGCAUUCGAGGAAUUUUGCUUACCGACCAAGAAGUAUGCUGAUGUUAUUGUUCCACGUGGUGCUGAUAAUAAUGUUGCUAUCGACUUAAUUUUGCAUCACAUUCGCGAAAUAUUACGUAUACCGUCGUCUUCAGUUGAUUCUUUGUCGGAUGAAACUUGUUACAUCGGUCAUCGUGCUGCGUCGUUUAGUCGACUACAUUAA